AAAAAAAUCAAAGUUUUAUAUAUUUUACCCUUUUAACCUAUGUUCAGAUGCAUACAAAAAAGUCAGUGUAAAUAAAUGUCAUGCUAAUGUCAGAUCUUUAUAUUAUAAAGGACAAGCAGAUGCUAAACGAGUGGGAUGCUGGUAGAAUCAUGCUGAUUCACAUUAGCUCGUAGUAAAUCUUCCUCCAUUUCCUAUAAAUCUUCACAUCUGACCUUGUUAGUCUACUUGUAGAUUGUUUGGAGAAUAGUGUGACACUGACACUGGAGAAAGAAACAAGGUAGGACUGUAGACAGCCUUCUUAUGUAACCAUAGGUGGAGAUAAGGAGUGAAGCUUUUAUCUAAUACCCUUUAAUAAAUCAAAUUCAGAGUAUCUUAAUGUUUGAUUAUGUUUCUGUGGCCUUUGUAUGGUAAACUAUUUUAACAUAACUGAUUCUUUUUAUCACAGAAAUUUAAAUAUCUACUUUUUCCUCUUUGGAGGUUGAAUUGUGUAACACGAGUUGGCAUUGCCAGCGAGCAGAAGAUCUUAAUCAGCACAAAAGGUUGAUUUUGAGACUGAGUCCACGAAAGAGGAAGACGAGUCACAGCACAACCCCCGCUUUAGAGUAUCACGUUGGGUGGGUGAUGGAUUCCAGGGACCAUGGGCCAAGACCACCCUCUGUCAGCAGUUCAAAUGUUUCACCUUCAGAAGCUGCCCCACUCACAGGAAGCUGCAGCUGCAUGCCUCAAUCAUUCCCAAAGUUUGAGCAUCCUUCUCAUGAACUCCUGAAGGAAAAUGGCUUUACCCAACAAGUGUACCAGAAGUAUCGUCGAAGGUGCUUAAGUGAGAGAAAACGCUUGGGAAUUGGACAGUCACAGGAAAUGAACACCCUCUUUCGUUUCUGGUCCUUCUUCCUCAGAGAGCACUUCAAUAGGAAAAUGUAUGAGGAAUUUAGACAACUUGCUUGGGAAGAUGCAAAAGAGAAUUACAGGUAUGGGUUAGAAUGUCUGUUCAGGUUUUAUAGUUAUGGACUGGAAAAAAAAUUCAGACAAGAAAUUUUUAAGGAUUUUCAAGAAGAAACCAAAAAAGACUACGAAUCUGGUCAGCUGUAUGGACUGGAAAAAUUUUGGGCCUAUCUGAAAUAUUCUCAAUCUAAGACCCAGUCUGUUGACCCAAAACUUCAGGAAUACCUCUGCAGUUUUAAGAAGUUAGAAGACUUCCGUGUUGAUCCCCCUACCAGUGAGGAAUUUGGAAGAAAAAGACAUCCAUCUACUUCUGGGGAGGAGAGUAGUCACCACACACUUCCGUCCCACUGUUCAACACCACCAAGUGCUGCUGAGCCUGCAUCUGCCAGGGAGCUGCAGUCCCAACAAGGAUGCGCAGGAGAAAGGCACAGGAGCCCAGUGACAAUUCACAGUGACAGUACGGCCUUGACCUCUAGGGGUGAAGUACCAGGGAAGCGAUGUUGACACAAAAGUCGUGUGUUCUUGAAGUCAGCAUUGGCUUCAAUGUGUAUGUGGGUAGAUCUUCUGAUGUUUAAUUGUGAUAAUCAGAAAAACAAAAAGGAAGAAA